CCCGCUGCCCUCUCGGCGCAUGCGCGCUCCGGUCAGCGGCGGCUGCAGCGGCGGCUCCGUUUUUUUUAAAGGGAAACGCUGAGGCGCUGGGGGUGACUGUGGGGGAGGGGGAGCCGGAGCCGCGGAGACCCCCGAGGGAGGCGGCAGACCCCCCUCCCGGAGUAGGAGGGUUCUGGGCGGACCCGUCCCUCCCACCCCCCUCCUGAGGAGGAGCGGAGGGGGGGGAAAUGGAGGCUCGGGGCGGCUGAGGCGAGCUCCGGGGCGGGGGGCCGGGGCGGGGAAGGGGGGUGCGGGGUGGGGAGACGAGGCGGGCCCGGCCGGGCCAGGGGGGGCCGAAGCGAGCUCCGGGGAUGAGCUCGGGGGCGGCUGGGUGCGAGCUCCUGCCUCUGCGGCGAAGGCGACGGUGGCGGCAGCAGAGGCGGCGGCGAGGCCCCCAUGGGUCGGCGGCGGGCCUCAGCCGCGGCCUCCACUUCUCCGCUCGCCGGCGGGAUGGCGCCCGGGCCUCGGAGAAGCCGCGUUAGCGGAGGCCUGCGGCCGCUCUGCUGAGACGAGCCCGCCAAACUCCCCUCCCCCUCCUCCGUCCUCGACCCCCCGCACCUCGCCCCUUCCCCACCCCCUCCUCCGUCUCGGUCCCCCGCGCCGCUCCGGACCACUAUGACCAUGAGAUCCGCAGUGUUCAAGGCGGCCGCGGCUCCUGCCGGCGGCAACCCCGAGCAGCGACUGGACUACGAGCGGGCUGCGGCGCUGGGCGGGCCCGAGGACGAGUCCGGGGCAGCCGAAGCCCACUUCCUCCCCCGGCAUCGUAAGCUCAAGGAGCCGGGGCCCCCGCUGGCCUCCUCCCAGGGCGGGAGUCCCGCGCCCUCUCCAGCCGGCUGCGGCGGCAAGGGCCGGGGUUUGUUACUCCCGGCCGGGGCGGCCCCCGGGCAGCAGGAAGAGAGCUGGGGCGGUUCGGUGCCCUUGCCCUGUCCGCCCCCAGCUACCAAACAAGCCGGCAUCGGCGGGGAGCCAGUCGCAGCCGGCGCCGGCUGCAGCCCCCGGCCCAAGUAUCAGGCGGUGCUGCCCAUUCAGACGGGCUCUCUCGUGGCGGCGGCCAAAGAGCCUACGCCCUGGGCUGGGGACAAGGGUGGGGCGGCUCCCCCGGCUGCCACCGCCUCGGACCCGGCGGGACCCCCACCACUACCUCUGCCCGGGCCGCCACCCCUCGCGCCCACCGCCACUGCCGGGACCCUGGCGGCCAGCGAGGGCAGAUGGAAGAGUAUGAGGAAGAGCCCUCUCGGGGGUGGCGGCGGCUCGGGAGCCUCCAGUCAGGCCGCCUGCCUCAAACAGAUCCUUCUGCUGCAAUUGGACCUCAUCGAGCAGCAGCAGCAGCAGCUGCAGGCCAAGGAAAAAGAGAUCGAGGAGCUGAAGUCCGAGAGAGACACGCUCCUUGCUCGGAUUGAACGUAUGGAAAGGCGGAUGCAGUUGGUAAAGAGGGAUAACGAGAAAGAAAGGCACAAGCUGUUUCAGGGCUAUGAAACUGAAGAGAGAGAGGAAAUAGAGUUGUCUGAGAAAAUUAAACUGGAGCGCCAGCCGGAGCUUUGCGAGACAUCCCAGGCUCUGCCUUCCAAGCCUUUCUCAUGUGGACGGAGUGGAAAGGGACACAAAAGGAAAACCCAAUUUGGAAAUACAGAAAGAAAGACUCCUGUUAAAAAGCUGGCUCCUGAAUUUUCAAAAGUCAAAACAAAAACUCCUAAGCACUCUCCCAUUAAAGAGGAACCCUGUGGUUCCUUAUCAGAAACUGUUUGUAAACGUGAAUUGAGGAGCCAAGAAACCCCAGAAAAGCCCCGGUCUUCAGUGGAUACCCCACCAAGACUCUCCACUCCCCAAAAGGGACCCAGCGCCCACCCCAAGGAGAAAACCUUCUCAAGUGAGAUGGAAGAUUUGCCGUACCUUUCCACCACAGAAAUGUAUUUGUGUCGUUGGCACCAGCCUCCCCCAUCACCGUUACCAUUACGGGAAUCCUCUCCAAAGAAGGAGGAGACUGUAGCAAGGUGUCUGAUGCCAUCAAGUGUUGCAGGCGAAACUUCAGUCUUGGCUGUUCCUUCUUGGAGGGACCACUCAGUAGAGCCUCUAAGGGACCCAAAUCCUUCAGACAUUUUGGAGAACCUAGACGACAGUGUGUUUUCAAAGAGGCAUGCAAAACUGGAGCUAGAUGAGAAGAGAAGAAAAAGAUGGGAUAUUCAGAGGAUCAGGGAACAAAGAAUUUUACAGCGACUGCAGCUCAGAAUGUAUAAAAAGAAAGGAAUUCAGGAAUCUGAGCCUGAGGUUACCUCAUUUUUCCCUGAGCCAGAUGACGUUGAAAGUUUGAUGAUUACCCCCUUCUUGCCUGUUGUAGCAUUUGGACGACCAUUACCAAAAUUAACUCCACAGAACUUUGAGCUACCCUGGUUGGAUGAACGAAGCCGUUGCAGGUUAGAGAUCCAGAAGAAGCAAACACCUCACCGGACGUGUAGGAAGUAGCUGUGCUGGCAAGAACCCUGUCUUCAGAUAGUUGUAGCAUGCCAUUCCAAGAGAAUGGCCGAGACCUGUAUGUGUGACCUAUGUCCUCAUGUGUGUUACUCACUGGUAAUGCCUUUCCAUACUCCUUCAUUUUAGUUUUGUUUUCGUCACCCUGACUUCACAAAACAAGCAAAAGAAACCUCUUGCAUUGGGCUUAUUUUGAAUUACGGAGAGUUAUUGGGACUUCUUUUUCCUUUUUGGGGAAAUGAGCUCAUGCACUUAUCAUAUAGGACGGUAGAUUUGGGAGUUUUAGGAGCCACUUCUGCUCACUUGCCUGUGUUAAAGGGGUACGAGGGCUCUUCAUUAGCCACGUUGAAGAUGGAGUGACCCCGGUCUUGUAGGAGCCGUGCCUGCCCUGACCUGUGCUUCCCUGGUGCGCCUUUUGAACAGUUUGGGUGUAGUAGAUUUUACACUAAAAUAAACAAAGAGACCUUACCAUAAGCUUUAGGACCCAAGGAGGAAUAACAGAUGAAGCAAGUCACCCUCAUAGAGGAAGAAAUAAGACUAUUGUGUGAAAGUUGGUUCUCUCAAAACUAGGCUGUGAUAAAGGAAGUGGAAAGAGGUGUGUGGCUGAGCACUUUCCUAAUUAAUGGGUAACUGAAGUUCUUUCCCCACCCCUCAAAAAAGAAAAUGUUUAGAAAAAGAGAUCAGGGAUGUAAGUUUCCAACUAGUUCCAGUGCUAAACAGAAACGUUGUCAUUUGGGGCUGGCACGCCAGAGUUUGUACAGAUGUCCUUCCGUCACAUCACUUCUCAAUAUUCCUUAGUGGGGUUUCAUCCUAUUAGCCAAACGUGUGGGGGGGAGGGAGGGUAUGGAAAGAUAUGCUUCCUUUGACUGGCAAAUGUCUACAUCUUGAAACAAAGAGUUGUACCUAAUGAACCUCUGUUCGUUUUGUAAAAAAUAGAUUUAUACAUGUCCCAUCUUGGUUACUAUCUCCUGCCUUUGUUUUGUUACCAAAAGAAAAAAAAUCAGGACAGCACUCCUAGGCCACUUUGGUCUCAGUGUAAGAUCCCUGUUAACUAUCUGGAAGGAAAAUAGAGUCGAGACCUCUGGUCUUAUAUAUACAUAUAUAUAUAGGAAUUGCCUUUCAUUAGUCUUCAGGACUAUUGUAUAAAAACAAGUAGGGGUCUAAUCUCCUAGAAGGUAGGGGCUUUUAUCCUUGAAGAGAGUAUGUCCCCGGAUUAUUAGCACUUUUAGAGGAGAAGCCAAGGUAUGGAGGGUGUGUGGCUGGCCCAUCAGCUGAGCAGGAGAGAAUGGGAUUGCCAUUGUGGGAAGAGAAGAAAAGUUCCUCAGGGCCUCCCACUGCUAAAGCUUUUUUUUUGAGAUGUUAUCUGUGCUCCCUGGGUUUGAUUUUGAAAGGAAUUAUUCCAGCAGUACGUGUAGUAUUCUUGGAUGAUCUUGCUGCUCUCAAUUCUCUUUUGUGUGUGUUUGUGUGUGGCUGUGGGUUUUCACCUGUAACCCCAUCUGCUUAGGAGUGUGGUCUCUCUGUAAUGGAAGCUGCUGUAAACUAUUGCGGCAAGGAUGUGGAGAGAAAGAGGACUUGUUCCACAGAGGCUUUCAUCUCACACCUUAAGGAUGAGGAUAUAUCUAAAAAAAAUGGGCCAGAUUUUUGUGUUUCUGUUUUUUGUUUUUUUUUUUUUAAUGAGGCAAACUGGUUAGUGCUCCUACCCUGACCUAUGUUAUGUUUCCUUACAAUGUGCUCCUCCCAAAGGAAUAACCUCAAUCAGUUGCCUCUUUUCUUUGUUUCUGAUCCCUCUCAGUUUCCUCUUGCUACCGUGAUUUGUCAGAUUCCUACUUUGGGUAUGGGUUAGCAGACCUAGCCUCUCACAGAGGAGUCCUCAGAUCCUGUUUUGGCUAGACUGAGAGGAAUCCAUGAGGUGCUAUCUGGCAGGACAUAAGUGGAUUCUAUUGCUUUGGUUCUCCUUUCCCUGAGGGCCUACUAUUUUUGAUGUCCUCUCCUAGAUUUCCUUUGGUUUGCGUAUGUUGAGGUUUGUUGAGAAGGAGGUUGAAGCAAAGUUCCAGGAGUGAAAUUACAGUGUGUUACAAAUGUGGGGAAAAUUAGUCUUAUUUUUCCCUGCAUGGGAUCCAGCACUGUGAAAUUCAGUCUUCAGCAGAAAGUAAGGCCCUGCAGUUCUUCUAAAACAUAGUUCCUUAUUUCUUUAACAAAGUUUAAGCUAGUGUUAAUAAAUUAAAAGAGAAAUGCUUGUCUCUCCACCUCAGCGUUGUUUUAUGCCCAUUUCAUAUCGUUGUCUGUGCUGUAAUUCAUACUUUUGAUACCAUUUCUGAUGUGUAAAGUCGGCUGUCUUGUAAAUAUCUUAUAAAGAGUUCAAUUGUAAAUAAACUAUUGUGGCCGUUAA